UCCUCUGGUUGUUGAAACAUGAGUGACCAAAGCCACCUCACUCGCAUUCUAAAUUUUCAGCUCUAGCAGCAUUCAACAAACGCUUCUCCUUCUCCUUCUUCUUUUUCCUUCGUCUUCUUAUUCUUCUUCUCUGACCGUUCAGUCCAUUCUCGUGUUGCUUACUCGGAAAUCACGUUAACGCAGAUCUAAUCUUCGCUCUCCUGGAGUUUAAGCACGCAGAAUUCAGCUCGGAAUUGCCUACGUUGGGAUCUAGAAUCAUCCAUCACAACUCAGAAUGCAGUUACUGCGUCUAGGUUGCGCCGAGUUCGUACGCAUGCUCGAUUUCGAGGUCCGAGACGUCUGUGUUUUGGAACUCCUAGCUCAGCAUUCAUAAUAGUGGUAGUGUUUACAGAAACAGCGAGAGUUUUCGGCAAAUGCUGCGAGGAAGAUCUCAGGGCAUGAACCACUUUUGCUUUCAUAUAAACAGGCGUAUUGUCAUGAAAAUCUGCUCCGUAUACCAACUUCUUUGCUCACUUUUUGUUCUAGCAACACUUUUUUCCCUGGCUCUUGGUGAUUUGAGCUCAGAUGAGCAAGCCCUUCUUGCCUUUUCUAAUUCUGUUCCCCAUGGUCGCAAGAUCAACUGGAAUCCCGGUAACCCCAUAUGUUCAUGGGUAGGAGUUAACUGUAGUGAAGGCACUGCUCCUCGUGUGGUUGCUGUUCGACUUCCAGGAAUUGGACUCACUGGGCCAAUCCCUGAAAAGACCCUUGGAAAGCUAGAUGCCUUGAGGACUCUUAGUCUUCGAGCCAAUUUUCUAAAUGGAAGUCUUCCUUCUGACCUCACUUCUCUUCCCUCUCUCCAUUACCUUUUCCUUCAGCAUAACAACUUCUCUGGUGAUAUUCCAACCACUUUUUCUACUCAAUUGUACAUUUUAGAUCUUUCAUAUAAUUCCUUCAGUGGUAGCAUUCCUGCAGCGGUUCAAAAUUUGACUCAACUUAUAGGAUUGAACCUCCAAAAUAACUACCUAUCUGGGCCUAUACCCAAUCUUGUGCCCCCAAGGCUGAAACAUUUGAAUUUAAGUUACAACCAUCUUAAUGGCUCUAUUCCAUCAUCCCUUCAAAAGUUCCCAAAUUAUUCAUUUGUGGGAAACUUAUUGUUGUGUGGAUUACCUUUAAUUCCCUGUUCUCCUCUUCAACCUCCAUCCCCUGCCCCAGGUACACCUCCCAGAAAACAAGGCCACAAGAAGAAACUUAAGUUAGGAAUUAUUAUAGCGAUUGCCGUUGGUGGGGCUGUGCUCCUCUUUCUAGUAGCCCUAUUCAUUUUCUUGUGCUAUCUGAAGAAAAAAGAGAGUGAUGAUAGGGGUGCUCGCAAAGAAAAAGCUCCUACCAGAGGAAGGAGUGAGAAACCCAUGGAAGAAUUUGGUAGUGGGGUGCAGGAGCCAGAGAAAAAUAAGCUGGUUUUCUUUGAAGGAUGCUCAUUUAAUUUUGAUCUUGAGGACUUACUGAGGGCUUCAGCUGAAGUUCUGGGAAAGGGAAGUUUUGGGACAGCAUACAAGGCUAUUCUGGAGGAGUCAACAACAGUGGUUGUAAAGCGACUAAAAGAAGUCAUUGUGGGGAAGAGGGACUUUGAACAACAGAUGGAAAUCAUUGGUGCAGUUGGACAACACCCUAAUGUAGUGCCUUUGCGUGCUUAUUAUUACUCCAAGGAUGAGAAGCUUCUAGUCUAUGAUUAUUUCUCAAGAGGCAGUUUGUCAAUGCUUCUCCAUAGAAACAAGACCAUUGAGAGAACUCCUUUGGACUGGGAAACUCGAGUUAAAAUAGCCCUUGCAGCAGCAAGGGGGAUUGCUCAUAUCCAGUCUACUGGUGGUGCCAAAUUUAGUCAUGGAAAUAUAAAGUCGUCAAAUGUCCUUCUCAACCAAGACUUUGAUGCUUGUGUCUCUGAUUUUGGUUUGGCCCCUCUCAUGAACUUCCCUGCAGCUCCUUCUCGGCAUCCUGGGUACCGUGGUCCAGAGGUUAUAGAAACCCGGAAACACACCCACAAAUCAGACGUUUACAGCUUUGGUGUCUUAUUGCUAGAGAUGCUCACUGGAAAACUGCCAAUUCAAUCACCUGGGCGCGAUGACAUGGUUGAUCUUCCAAGAUGGGUCCAGUCCGUGGUCAGGGAAGAAUGGACUGCUGAAGUCUUUGAUGUCGAACUAAUGAGAUUUCAGAACAUAGAAGAAGAGAUGGUUCAGAUGCUGCAAAUUGCCAUGGCAUGUGUUGCAAGGGUUCCUGAUAUGCGUCCUAACAUGGAUGAAGUCGUUAGAAUGAUCGAAGAGGUCCGGUUAUCUGACUCAGACAACAGGCAAUCUUCAGAAGAAAUCAAAUCCAGGGACUCAUAAGCAAAAACCACUUCAUUCCUUGCUGAUUCUAUGCCCUUUGCUUCUGAGUUUCAAUCUGUGAGUUUUUUCAUCUAGUAGUUCAAAUGCCUAUAUAUUGUUCCAGUGUACAUGCCCACUAGGUGAGUAAGGUGAGAUGAUUUCCAAGUUCAACCUUCCACCAAUGGCUCAAUUUGGAGAGUGAUUUAACUAAUACAUAUCUUCUCCUUUCCUUAGACAUGUUAGGGAUUUUUUUUUUUUUUUUAAAUAGAGUUCAAGAAUAAUUUCAUUUUUACUCAUCUCAUCAUUUCUUGUUAAAGUUCAUUAUACUGCGUAACCAUCAAAGCUGAUUGAUGAUCUUUUAUCUAUAAUGAAAUUGUGAAGUAUUAGCCCAGGCAAA